AUGGAAAAGGAGAGCAGGACGCCUACCAGGUAUGGAUCAUUGGAGUCAACCAAGUGGACAGCUGCAGACCCAGCCAAAGAAGAAAUUGUUUCCAUGGCUGAUUCGACUACAACCGUGGGUGACAUAGAAGGGGAGCUCUUUAAAAUCGAGAGGAUCAGAGAGGUCCUGGUGAGAAGAGAGUCAGAGCUGAGAUACAUGAUGGAUGACAUUCAGCUUUGCAAAGAAAUCAGUUGGCUGAAAAAGGAGCUCCAGAAACUCAUCGCAAUCCCAGAGAAAGAGAAGUCCAACGAGGAGAAGCAGAGGGAGGAGGAGCUGGUGCAGCAGAUACACAAGCUGGUGGAAACCCGGGAUUUCCUGGUGGACGACGUGGAAUUUGAAAGACUGAGCCAUGCUCCUGGUUUUCUCAUGUGCACAAUGCUCCUGCCUGGCCCGGCGGCGCAGGACGGAAGAGAAAAAGAAGAAGACAAGGAAAUGGCUGAAUUCCUGCAAACAAAGCUCUCCAAAAGCUGCCUCCAGAAAGCAACCCCUGUCAAAGAGAAGAAGAUGAUGUCCAGAGGGCAGCAAACCUCCACACCGUACGUGACCAAAACAGGCCUCACCCUGCUCAAGGAAUGCUGCGGUUUCACCUGUUCCAUUAUGUAG